AUGCUAUCCCUUAUGGUCCUCCCAUUCCUUGUAUUUCUUCUCAGCUUUGCUGGGCCAGCUUCUGCCGCCGGAUCGGCCGUCCUGGGAAUCGACAUCGGCACGGAAUAUUUCAAGGCCGCUCUCGUGAAACCCGGCAUUCCGCUCGAGAUCGUCCUCACCAAGGAUUCGAAGCGCAAAGAGUCCGCUGCUAUUGCUUUUAAACCUACAAGAGAGAGUGAUGCACCUUUCCCCGAACGUUUCUAUGGUGGUGAUGCGCUCGCCCUUGCGGCUCGGUACCCGGACGACAUCUACAUCAACCUGAAGACUCUGUUAGGCGUUCCGUUUAAUGAUGGCCAGGAUGAGGCGGUCAAGACCUAUUGGACACGGUUCCCCGCGUUGCAAUUGGAGGCCGCACCCGAUGGUCGCGGCUCUGUUGCUCUCCGCAGCAACCGACUGGGAGAAGCCCAGAAGAAGGAGGCCUUCUUGGUUGAGGAGAUUCUGGCAAUGCAGUUGAAGCAAAUCAAGGCUAAUGCUGAUGCGUUGGCUGGAAAGGGAUCCGAUGUCCGUGAUGUCGUUAUCACCUACCCUGUGUUCUACACCGCGGAGGAGAAGCGCAGCCUCGAGUUGGCGGCUGAACUGGCGGGCCUGAGGAUCCAGGCUCUUGUCAGUGAUGGAUUGGCCGUGGGGUUGAACUACGCCACCAGCCGUACUUUCCCCAGCGUUUCUGAUGGCGAGAAGCCAGAAUACCACAUCGUGUAUGACAUGGGUGCUGGGUCUACCACCGCGAGUGUUUUGCGGUUCCAGAGCCGCAAGGUUAAGGAUAUUGGCAAAUUCAAUAAGACUAUCCAGGAAGUUCAUGUUGUCGGAGCUGGUUGGGACAAAUCACUUGGAGGCGACUCCCUAAACGACCUCAUUGUGGAUGACAUGGUCGCCCACUUGGUUGAGGACAAGAAUAUUAAAGGUAAGGCUACUCCAGCUGAAAUCAAGGCGCACGGAAAAACUAUGUCCAGACUCUGGAAGGAUUCAGAGAAACUGCGACAGGUCCUGAGCGCCAACACCGAGACUUCGACAAGCUUCGAGGGAUUGUACUACGAGAAUGUCAACUUCAAGUACAAGCUGAGCCGUGCCAACUUCGAAAAGAUGGCCUCUGACUAUGUCGCCCGCAUUGGAUCUCCAGUUGAGCAGGCUUUGACAGCGGCCGGCCUUCAAUUCAGCGAUAUCGAAUCCAUCGUGCUUCACGGUGGUGCUAUCCGCACUCCGUUCGUCCAGAAGCAAUUAGAAAACUUUGCUGGCUCCUCCAAGAAGAUCAGAACAAAUGUCAACGCUGAUGAGGCAGCUGUGUUUGGUGCUGCCUUCAAGGGAGCUGCUCUGAGCCCUAGUUUCCGCGUUAAGGAUAUCCGCACCGGUGACGCCGCUGCGUAUCCCAUCUCGUUGAAGUGGAACUCAGACGGCAAGCAAAGAAACCAGAAGCUGUUUACCGCCACUUCCCAGGUUGGCCCUGAGAAGCAAGUCACCGUGAAAAAUCUGGAAGAUUUCGAAUUUAGCUUUGCUCAGCAUGUUACCCAGAAUGAAGAACACCCUAUCCUCAAUGUCCAAACCCAGAACCUUACCGCAUCGGUUGCCAAGCUCAAGGAUACCUUUGGCUGCACCAAUGCAAACAUUACCACGAAAUUCACGAUCCGCCUUAGCCCUGUGGACGGCCUUCCCGAAGUUGUGGCCGGCACUGUCAGCUGCGAGGUGGAAGCCGAAAAGAAGGGCAUUGUCGAAGAUGUCAAGGACUUCUUCGGCCUCGGCAAGAAGGACGAGCAGGAGCCUCUGGGCGAAGAUGGGGAGCCCCGUGAAUCGAUCACACUUGAGCCCGAGACGGAGUCAUCCACUACAUCCUCCGCGAGUGCCAAGACCACCACCACAUCUAGCAAGGAUACAAAGAAGGAUGCAAAGAAGGAUGCAAAGAAGGAUGCAAAGGCCACCCCUCAAGUCAAGCUUGAAGUUAUCCCGAUCAGCCUGAAGUCCGUGGCCCUUGGCACUCCGGCGCCAUCAGCCGCAGAGCUCAGUCGCAUCAACAGCCGCCUACUUGCUUUCGAUAAUUCGGACCGUGAGCGAAUCAUGCGCGAAGAGGCUCUUAAUGAAUUGGAAUCUUUCAUCUACCGUAGUCGAGACCUCGCUGAUAACGAGGAGUUCAUCAGGGCAGUCAAGCCAGAUCAACUGACUGUUCUUUCCGAGAGAGUCUCUAAGGCCAGCGACUGGCUGUACGAGGAGAGCGACAACGCUAAGACUGCUGAUUUCCAGUCGAAGCUCAAGGAACUGAAGGCUAUCGUCGACCCUGCACUGAAGCGGAUGAAGGAGAGCUCUACUCGCCCAGCGCGCGUGCAGUUGCUCCAGGACAUGCUCAAGAACGCCGAGUCCAUGAAGGAAUUGAUCAAAAACCAGAUUGAGAACGACGAGCAGCUCUACUCAUCUUCCCUCUCAUCCUCAAGCGCCUCCUCCACCUCCACUUCCACCGAGACCAGCUCGUCGACCCCAGCCCCAGACACUUCUGACGAAGGUGUCGAUCUCGAUGAAGACCCGUACUCUGCUUCUUCGUCUUCGACCACGUCUACUAAGAGUGCUGCCACUGCCAAGCCCACAGGCCCCAAGUAUUCUCUCUUCACUCCUUCCGACCUCAGAGCUAUCACCGAGGCCUACGAGUCCACCAACCCUUGGCUCGAGACACAGCUCAGUCUGCAAGAGAAGCUUGGCGAGUCUGAUGACCCUGCUUUGACUGUUGUGGAGGUCGACUCGCGACUGCGCGAGUUCGAGCGCAUUCUUAACCGCAUGUACGAGAGGAUGACUUCCGCCGCUGGCCAGCAGAAGAAGAGCAGCAGCAACGGUAAGAAGGGGUCGAAGGAAAAGAAGAAGUCUGAGGCCGAUAAGGCCAAAGCCAAGGAUCAGCCCAAGGAGAAAGAGGAUCUUCCCAAAGAUGAGCUGUAA